AGGCAACAUAUUGCGACCGCUUGAUCAAUAAUGUAGUCAGUAAGAUAACUGACACUACAGAGUGUGUAACUUUAGAAUCGGCUUACACCAGUAGAUUUAGAUAAUAAACUUGCUGAAUUUCGUCGGUGCUUACGGAUAUUAGUUACCAUAUCUGAUUAUGUCAGUUGUUAGUUUGUUAACUGACCAACUGGGUAUUAUGCCAUAAAACCUAUUUCAUUCAAAAAACACCUCUCAGCAUUUGUUUUAAAUGACCAUGUCGACCUUGACCAGCCGACCUACUUAGCGCAAUAGUUGACUAGCUAACGUGUUGACAUCGAGACUGAGUUGUUUGUCUUGCCGUCACACACCAUUGUAUAUUUCAAUGAUGGAAAUUGAGAUUAACAGUGAUCUGAGUGGCGAUCAGAACCGUCCAGAACGUACUUAUGAGGAACAAAUACAAUGUGUAGGUGUGUUCGCCCAGCCUAUGGCUUCAAAAAAAUUAACAAAGCGUUUGUAUAAACUCGCUCGAAAAGCUAAACGCGUAAAGAAAACAGAUGUCGGAAUCAAAGCAAUCUUAAAAGCCAUUGAAAAGAAAGGUGUAUCUGGUAUCGUCGUAUUAGCUGGUGAUAUUAGCCCGUUUGAUCUGAUAUCCCAUGUGCCAUUGGUGUGUGAGGAGCACGACAUACCUUACUGCUAUGUUCCGUCAAAGUUUGACCUCGGUGCAUGUGUAUCUUCAGUUACCCCUAUACCUAUCGUUUUCAUAACACGGGAUGAACAGUAUGGUGAUUUGUAUGACAAGUGUUACACUGCUGUUGACGCAUUACCUCUUCCUUUAUAAAAUCCCUGUAAUCGAAAAGCAGAAUUUUUUCAAUAAAAAUAUUAUUGCACUUAUUCUUCUGAACAGUCGCUCUUCACAUUACAACACGUGAUAAUUUUAGUACUAUAGUCGACAUAUUUUAUUUGCAUAACUUAAUCAUUAUUUAGUACUGGUAUAUAAUUUCAAAAACGUAAAUUAACAGAUGAACGUAAAUGACUUCAUUAUACUGAUUCAACACUAACAAACGUGUUAGUGCUAAUUAAUAAGAUUCCCGAUAGGGUCAGAAUCGUUGUUUGGCCAUCAUCUCUGGUCAAGUAGUUUAUUUUUAUCAUUGAGUUUUCAUUAUUUUGCAUAGUAUCGUUAUGGCAACUUGAACCGAUGCAUAUACGUGCCUGGUCCUACGUUGUAGAUGACUGACUGACAUAGUAUGAAUGAGGGGAAGCAAUAUCAUCGACUAGAAUUAGUAAGUAGUUUACAAAUCGUUGAAUGUGAGAAUGAGGUAUUGUACCUACACAAUAUGCUCAAUUAUUUCUGUAUACAAGAUACUGUUACCUUUUUAUUGAAAAGGUUGCCGCGUAUCAGUUACCAUUCUUGAUGCUAGCAAAGACUUGUUAUAAGAUGAAGAUG